GAAAUUUGCAAAUAAUAAAAAGUUUUGUAAAUAAAUUUUUAAUGACUGCUAAUGAAAGGUGGGGAUCAAAAUUUCACAAUGACGCAAAUUACAGACUGAACUCCUACCCAUAAUGAAUGUCCCCGCGGUCAUUAAACCCUUUUUACAAUCACUUCUGAUAACAAGUUAAUACAUUUGCCUUAAACGAUGUUUUCUUUUCUUUUUCUUUCGUAACCAUAUAAUUUCUGAAAAUGUUAGAAUUUGUUCUUAAAAUAAAGGAAUCAGCCUAGAGGCAGUAGGUAUACACUGACUUCACUUAGUUAAAAUUUGUCUCGCAAAGACUUGCAAAGAGUUGCAAACGUCAGCAAAUAUUGCUGACGUUUAUCAGUCUAAUGGAGGAUUAGAUAUUAUAAAAGGGGAGGCAUAGGUUAACCUGAGUGUGAGAUAGGACAUUCCUCUGAAGAACCUCGGCGUUGUUGGUGGGUUUCGUAAGAAAGCAGAGAUUCGCCAAGAAGUCCAGAAACUAAGUAUACAACUGCCUGAUUCAGAGCGGCAAACAUGAAGAAGAAAGUCAGUCUUACAUCACCCUCACUUGCAGAUAAAGAAGCUGACAGUCAAAAUGGGGAAGAGAAGAAAAAAGAAAAUGCUCUGAGUAUUGGAUACUUUCAGCUGUUCCGAUUUGCCACUUGGAAAGACAUCGUGAUGAUGGUGGUGGGGAGUGUGUGUGCCCUUGUACACGGUGCAGCCUCACCGCUCAUGCUCCUCGUUUAUGGCAUGAUGACAAACACAUUUGUGGAUUAUGAGCGCGAGGUCCAAGAGCUGAAAGAUCCCAACAAGACGUGCAACAACAAUACUAUUUACUGGGUUAACGGCACCGUGUAUGAAACGGAUGAAAACACCACACUCUACUGCGGGGUGGAUAUUGAAGCACAGAUGACCUUGUUUGCGUAUUACUAUGUUGGGAUUGGAUUUGGUGUUCUUAUUGUUAGUUACUUUCAGAUUGCAUUCUGGGUGACGGCGGCUGCAAAGCAAACACAGAGAAUUCGAAAGACUUAUUUCAGAAAAGUAAUGCGAAUGGAGAUAGGCUGGUUCGACUGCAACUCUGUGGGUGAACUAAACACGAGGAUAUCUGAUGACAUCAACAAGAUUAACAGUGCCAUUGCUGAUCAGGUGUCUAUAUUUAUUGAGAGGAUCUCUACAUUUAUUUUUGGCUUCAUGGUUGGAUUCAUUGGUGGGUGGAAGCUGACUCUGGUGGUCAUAGCAGUGAGCCCUCUGAUUGGUAUAGGUGCUGGACUGAUGGCUAUGGCUGUGGCCAGACUGACAGGACGAGAGCUUAAGGCGUAUGCAAAGGCAGGGGCCGUGGCUGAUGAGGUCCUGUCAUCCAUCAGAACGGUAGCAGCUUUUGGAGGGGAGGAAAAAGAAGCUGAAAGGUAUGACAGAAACCUUGUGGAAGCUCAGAAUUGGGGAGUUAAAAGAGGAACAAUCAUAGGAGUGUUUCAGGGAUACCUGUGGUGCAUCAUUUUCCUCUGCUAUGGUCUGGCCUUUUGGUACGGAUCUAAACUGGUCAUCGACACUAAGGAGAUGACGGCUGGUACUCUUAUUCAGGUUUUCUUUGGUGUACUCAUGGCAGCAAUGAACCUUGGCCAGGCCUCACCGUGCCUGGAGGCCUUCGCUUCUGGUCGCGCUGCUGCAAAGAGUAUCUUUGAGACAAUUGACCGGGAACCGGAAAUUGAUUGUCUAUCAGAAGAAGGUCACAAAUUAGACAAAGUAAAAGGUGAUAUUGAGUUCCACAAUAUCACCUUCUACUACCCAUCCCGGCCUGACGUCAAGAUUUUAGAUAAUCUGAGCAUGCAGAUCAGAGCAGGAGAAACCACCGCAUUUGUUGGACCAAGUGGAUCUGGAAAGAGCACCACAGUCCAGCUCAUUCAAAGGUUUUAUGACCCAAAGGAAGGAACGGUGACUUUGGACGGUCAUGACAUCCGUACUUUGAACAUCCAGUGGCUGCGCUCUCUAAUUGGGAUUGUUGAGCAGGAGCCAGUGCUGUUUGCUACCACCAUUGCAGAGAACAUCCGAUUUGGUCGACCUGGAGUAACCAUGGAAGACAUUAUCCAGGCAGCAAAAGAGGCUAAUGCCUACAAUUUUAUUAUGGAGCUACCACAGAAAUUUGAAACUAUGGUGGGUGAAGGUGGAGGCCAGAUGAGCGGAGGGCAGAAGCAGCGUAUUGCUAUAGCUCGUGCGCUCAUCCGAAACCCCAAGAUCCUCUUGCUGGAUAUGGCCACAUCUGCCCUGGACAAUGAAAGUGAAGCUGUAGUCCAGGAAGCACUGGAUAAUGUGCGCACAGGCAGGACGACGAUUUCUAUAGCUCAUCGUCUUUCCACGAUUAGAAAUGCAGAUGUUAUUAUAGGAUUUGAGCACGGGCAGGCUGUGGAGAGAGGAACACACAGCGAUUUACUGGGGAAGCAAGGCGUCUACUUCACUCUGGUCACCCUGCAAAGCCAAGGCCAAACCAACACAACUAGUGAUGUGAUCAGUGAGGCUCCUGAAGAAGACUUUGAUCUAAAAGCAGGGGGGUUUAGCCGUGGAAGCCGUAGAUCCAGUAAAAGGAGCUCUCUGCGGCUGCGAUCUUGGAGCCAGUUGUCAAAUGACUUUGUCCCUGAUGCGCUAUCAGGCAGCCUCAAGAUUGCUACGGACACGAAUAUCACAUCAGAAAAUCAACGAAAUGAUGCGGAAGAACAUGUAGAGCCUGCUCCAGUGGCACGUAUCCUUAAGUACAAUCAGCAGGAAUGGCCCUACAUGCUGCUUGGCUCACUGGGAGCUGCGGUCAACGGCUCUGUCAACCCCGUCUAUGCCAUCUUGUUCAGCCAGAUUCUUGGGACUUUUGCAAUUCAGGACUUGAAUGAACAGAGGAAACAGAUCAAUGGGAUAUGUGUUCUGUUCUGCGUCGUGGCCGUGGCUAGUUUCAUUUCACAGUUUUUACAGGGAUAUUCUUUUGCUAAAUCUGGAGAGCUUCUGACGCGCCGCCUGAGAAAAGUGGGUUUCCAGGCCAUGUUGAAACAAGAGAUUGGCUGGUUUGAUAACCCUAUAAACAGUCCUGGAGCUCUGACCACCAGACUGGCCACAGAUGCAUCCAUGGUUCAGGGGGCAACAGGAUCCCAGAUUGGCAUGAUUGUUAACUCAGUGACCAGCAUAGGAGUCUCUUUCAUCAUUGCCUUCUACUUCAGCUGGAAAUUAACACUGGUAAUUUUGUGCUUCCUGCCGCUCAUUGGGCUGUCUGGGGUAUUCCAAGCCAAAAUGCUGACAGGUUUUGCAAAUGAAGAUAAGAAGGCAAUGGAAGAAGCAGGUCAGGUAUCCAGUGAGGCUCUUGCCAACAUCAGAACCAUUGCAGGUUUGGCCAAAGAGAGCUCAUUUGUGGAUUCAUAUGAGCAGAAACUUGAAUCACCUUAUAAGUCUGCCAAGAAGAAAGCCAACAUCUAUGGGCUCUGUUUUGGUUUUGCUCAGUGUGUCAUCUUCAUGGCUUAUGCUGCUUCAUUUAGAUAUGGAGGCUUCCUGGUCAGGGCUGAGGGUCUGCAAUAUAUGUUUGUUUUUAGGGUGAUUUCAGCAGUCGUGAUCAGUGGGACAGCACUGGGCAGAGCUUCCUCAUUCACUCCAGAUUAUGCCAAAGCCAAAACCGCUGCUGCCCAGUUUUUCAAAUUGUUGGACAGAGUUCCUAAAAUCAGCAUAAGCCAGUCAGAUGGAGAGAAAUGGGAAAACUUCAGAGGAGAAAUACAUUUCCUCAAUUGCAAAUUUACCUAUCCCACACGACCGGACACCCAGGUGUUGAAAGGCCUCCGUGUGUCUGUGAAGCCCGGGCAGACUUUGGCGUUUGUUGGGAGCAGCGGCUGCGGUAAAAGCACCAGCGUUCAACUGCUGGAGAGGUUCUAUGACCCUGAUGAAGGGCAAGUGGUGAUUGAUGGCGUCCCAUCUCAUUCAGUCAAUGUGCCUUUCCUAAGAUCUCAGAUUGGGAUAGUGUCCCAGGAGCCAGUUUUGUUUGACUGCAGUAUAGCUGAGAACAUACAAUAUGGAGAUAACACCCGCAGUGUCAGCAUGGAGGAGAUUAUUGAAGCUUCUAAGAAAGCUUAUCUUCACGACUUUGUGAUGACGCUUCCUGAUAAAUAUGAGACUCAGGUUGGUGCCCAGGGCUCGCAGCUGUCAAGAGGACAGAAACAACGCAUCGCUAUUGCACGUGCUAUUGUCAGGAACCCCAAGAUCCUGCUGUUAGAUGAGGCCACGUCUGCCCUGGAUACUGAAAGUGAAAAGACCGUGCAGACUGCUCUGGAUGAGGCAAGAAAAGGACGAACCUGCAUCGUCAUCGCUCACCGGCUGUCAACCAUCCAGACUGCAGACAUCAUAGCUGUGAUGUCACACGGAGCUGUCAUCGAGCAAGGCACACAUGAUAAACUCAUGGCCAAGAGGGGCGCCUAUUACAAACUGGUCACAACAGGUGCUCCUAUCAGCUAGGACCCUUAUUGUAUUUACAGAGCUGUUUAGUUGCAACCUUGAACCAUUUGGAAAAUCGUCCUUCAUAUCCUGCUCAUUUAAAUGCAUAACUCUACUUCGUUUUCAUAAAACGCCCUCCCAGGAUAAAAAAAGAAAAUAUAGAAAUUUUCUUUUCUUCAGUACACAUCAUCAUCAUCAUCAUUAAAAAAUUAAUACAUACAGCAAAUCCCCCAUGUCCAAAUACAGAUACAAUUUCUUUACAAAAUUUGGCAGUUUACUCUGUACAAUUGCAUCUUUAAUGCUAAUUAACUUCUCCAUCUCAUAAGCAUUUGGUCUUAACCUAAAAUAUACAGAUAUUUUUGUCUAUAUUCAAUUAAAUAUUGAUACUCAUCUUCAGGUUUCCCCAAACUAUGAAGGACACAUAAACAUUUAAUAUAUUUAACUCCAUAAAAUCUGUCCAUAAGUACUGGGAUACCACCGACUCCACAUCUAAACUUUGCCAAAUAACACCAAAUGGAAUGAUGUAAACCACACAAGAUUCUGUUUUUGUUAUCAAUUAUGUGACGAUAAAGCUCUUUUGUGUAUAUUUAUUUGCCUGUAAUGAGUGUUUAUAAAUGAAGAAGAUGAGGAUUAAGACUUUUGCAUGUAUUAAGCCACGUUUGUAUCACUGAACCACAGUUAUUGGUUUUUUUUUAAUAUAUAUAUAUUUUUUAAAAUUGUAUAAUAAUACAAUCAUUAAAGUAAUCUAUUUCUAA